AUGAUUAGUGUGCCAAUUGAGUGGAUCUUUGAGUUGGUUUUGGGCUUGGGAUUAGUCUUUGGCUUGAUAAAUCUUGGUCGGAUGGCUUGGUAUCGUGAAUGGCAUAUGCUAAGUUUUUGGAAAUUGAUAGUGUAUUUGGUGCAAAGCGUGGUGCAAUGGGUGGUUUGGGAGAAUUUGCGGUGGUUUAAGAAAGAGGCUGAGAUGUCUGGAAAGUUUGGAGCGGAUUUGAGUCCGCGGUGGUGGCGAUUGGUGGGUGGGGUGGGUAUGUUUGUGUUAUUACGUCGCUUUUGGCGGGGAUUGGAGACGGGCAAGAUAAGGAAGAGUUGGCAGUUGUUUGGCUUGGUUAAAGAUACGAUUUCAAAAUUAAUUAUGAUUAUGAUUAUGCAAUUGAUUGAGGAUGGGGUUUUGCCUUUUUAUAAGACCUUUGUUGCGCUGGUGUUUUACUAUCUUACCGCGGUAAUUGCUACAUUUGUGGUCUUAUCAAAGGAAGAUCUGGGUUAUAAAGGAGGAAGGCUACCAAUGGUUGAAAGUGAGACAAAGAAAAGAAUAGUGCAAGUUAUAGAUAGACUAAACUUAGGACCUUUGGACCUCUUUGUUUUGCGGCCGAAUUAUCGUCGUGACCUCUUUGGCAUCUAUCUAUACGAAGCCACUGAUGAUAAUGCCAUAAGCACGAGUGUUGCCAUUUCCAACGGUAGGACCACCAAUAUUGCCAGCCCAGAUAGUACUACUAAUAGAUUAGAUAGUAGAAUUACAAUAGAUAACACACAUGCGGCCGCAGCCAACACGACUCCAACCAACCCAGCCCCAACCAACACUACUAACACCAACACAACUCCAACUAACAACAAUUCCAAGGAAGCUCGGAAUGAAGUUCAUAUUGUUGUGCAGGGCUUGACUAUACUGAUGAUUUACGAAAUAGAAAGUCCGGGUCUGUGGCAUAAUGCUGAUUUUCUUUGUGACUUGGCUGUUCACCAUUUGAUUGAAUGGAAUCGUGGGUACUACUAUAUGCUAGGAGUAGGUGAGUCCUACUGGACCUUUCUGACGAAGUUUUGUUAUUUGGGCUGUAACUUCUUUGGGGAGCUUAAGAAUGUGCCUCCUUGCUACCGGGUGAUGGCAGCUAUUCUAGUGGCAGAUGCAGUGGCUAAGUUAGGUCGGAUUUUAAUGGCGUAUGGUAGUGUUAUCUUUGAAAAGAAGAUUAUUAGAGAAGGCGCGAGGCAUUUUAGCUUAGAGGCUUUUAAUCUCCUCUUUCGUCGUUCUUCAGCUGACUACACUAUUCGCCGGAUCAUAACCACUCCUGGUCUUGAUGCUUUCUAUACCUAUACCGACCAAGAACGCCUUCAGGAUUUGCAAGCCGCCCAAAAUCAGCCACCCUCGCCGCCCCUCUCCCCCGUAGUAUCCUCGACCAAUUUAACUCCUCCCAAUUACUCAACUCUAAUCCAUCCUACCCCACCACACCAUCACAACCCCUAA